AUGAAUUCAACGUUAUCAAAUUUUGUUAUGCGUGCAGGUAACCAUGCUAUAAGAUCGAACCCUGCAAAAGAUAUUGAUUUCCACUUGACAGCUCAAGGUUCAGAUUGGUUAUGGGCAGCCUUUUCGAUAUUUGGUUGCUUCUUAGUCGUUUACCUAGCUUUAUUCUUCAUAGCAGAAAUGAAAGGAUCUACUUUAUCAAGAUAUACAGUUGGUGCUGCUUUAUUAAUAUCAUUAUUUGAAUUCUUUGCUUAUUUCACAUACGCUUCUAACUUGGGUUGGACUGGUAUUCAAGCUGAAUUCAAUCAUAUACACGUGGAUCCAAGUAUUACAGGUGAAACUCCUGGUGUUAGACAAAUUUUCUACUCUAAAUAUGUCUCAUUAUUCUUAUCAUGGCCUGCAUUAUUAUUCUUAAUUGAAUUGACUAACAUUUCAAUUACAGAAGAAAACAAAGUUGACGAUUUAUCAGCUAUGGAAUUGAUUCAUUCAUUACUAUUACAAAUGAUAGCUACUGAAUCAUGGGUCGUUGCUUUAUUAAUCGGUGCCUUAAUUAGAUCUACUUAUAAAUGGGGUUACUGGGUCUUCGGUGCUGUCGCAAUGUUAAUUGUUCAAUUCGUUCAAUUUAAACGUCAAUUUAUUACUUUGAGAAUUAGAGGUGUCACAGCCGGUAUGGAAAUGUUAACCAUGUGUAUUGUUUGGUUAUAUUUCAUUUGUUGGGGUGUCUCUGAAGGUGGUAAUAAGAUUCAACCAGAUAGUGAAGCUGUUUUCUUUGGUAUCUUAGAUGUCUGUAUCUUCGCAAUCUUACCAGCUUAUUUAUUAUUUAUUGCUAAACGUUACGGUAAGAUGCCAGCAUUGUCAUUACAUAUGAAUAAUAAGUUCCAUUUGAAACAUCAUGAUGAAGAAGAAGAUGAAACUGAAGUGAAAAACGUUCAUGAGGAUUCUCCAAGAGCAUCUGGUGAAACUCAAAUUCCUCAACAAGAACAAGAAACUGAAGAAACCAACCAAUCCUAA